UUGGAGCGUCAGUCUCCAACCCCCAUGGAAACAUCUGGAUGUGCCCCUUCAGAAGACAUGCUGUGUCAGGCUUUUUCUGAUGUCUUGCUUGAUGUGGAAGAUGUAGAUGUGGAAGAUGGUGCUGACCCAAACCUCUGCAGCGACUAUGUGAAGGACAUCUACAAGUACCUGAGAGACCUUGAGGAGAAUCAACCUGUCAGACCCAAAUACCUGGCCGGCCAGGAAAUCAGUGGGAACAUGCGUGCCAUACUAAUAGACUGGCUUGUGCAAGUACAGGUAAAAUUCAGACUCCAGCAGGAGACCUUGUACAUGGCAGUUGCUAUCAUCGACCGCUUCCUGCAGGACAAUGCUGUUUCCAAGAAGAUGUUGCAGCUGGUUGGUGUCACAGCUAUGUUCAUUGCCAGCAAAUACGAAGAGAUGUUUCCCCCACAUAUUGGAGACUUUGCCUAUGUAACUGAUAACACUUACACAAAGUUCCAAAUCUGCCAGAUGGAGAUGAAGAUCCUGCGAGCCCUGGAUUUUGGUCUGGGUCGCCCUCUCCCACCACACUUCCUGAGGAGGGCUUCAAAGAUUGCAGAGGUGGACUUCGAACAGCAUGUUCUGGCCAAGUACCUGAUGGAGUUGUCCAUUGUGGACUACGAUAUGGUUCACUUCCCUCCAUCCAAAACUGCAGCGGCUGCUUCCUGUUUGGCUCUGAAACUCCUCGAUGGAUGCGAGUGGACACCAACUCUACAACACUACAUGUCUUACACUGAGAGUGACCUUCUCCCAGUUAUGCAGCACAUAGCAAAGAACAUAAUUCUUGUGAAUGAGGGCUUUACCAAGCAUGUGGCAAUCAAGAACAAAUAUGCCAGCAGCAAAAAUGCCAAGAUAAGUGCCAUUGAACAGCUGGACUCUUCUAUAGUAUGGAAUCUAGCCCAACCUCUGAUUAAAAAGUCGUAA